UCCAGUAGGCUGAAGGUAGAAAGUGAGGAGGCACUAACGCCUGCUGAGAGCUGGAUUGGUCUGUGUUUCCCUUCCCAUAUGAUGUGCAUUUCAAGAGGCUCCAAAGAGGAGAAAUUGCAACACCGGGAAGGUUAUUAGAUUCCUGCAAGUUAUUUGGGAACUGAUCAAGAUUUCAAGCUAAAGAUGGAGUUAAUGAAUCGUCUGAGGGCCGUUCUUCAAGCCUCUCCAUGCAAGUCACCGUGGAGAAGAUUCCAGAUCCCGAGGUCCAUGCCAGUGAGGCCCUGCAGCCUCUACACCUGCACUUACAGAACCCGGAACCGAGCCUUGCACCCACUCUGGGAGAGCGUGGACCUGGUCCCGGCAGGCGAGCGCCAGUCGCCUAUCAACAUCCGGUGGAGGGACAGCGUGUAUGAUCCUGGCUUAAAACCGCUCACCAUCUCUUAUGACCCGGCCACCUGCCUCCACAUCUGGAAUAACGGGUACUCUUUCCUCGUGGAAUUUGAAGACUCUACAGAUAAAUCAGUGAUCGAGGGAGGACCCCUGGAAGACAACUACCGACUGAAGCAGUUCCAUUUUCACUGGGGGGCCAUCGAUGCCUGGGGCUCCGAGCAUACCGUGGACAGCAAAUGUUACCCCGCAGAGCUGCACUUGGUGCAUUGGAAUGCAGUCAAAUUUGAAAACUUUGAGGAUGCGGCACUGGAAGAAAAUGGUUUGGCUGUGAUAGGGGUAUUUUUAAAGCUAGGCAAACAACAUAAAGAGCUACAGAAGUUAGUGGAUACUUUGCCAUCAAUUAAGCAUAAGGACACCCUUGUGGAAUUUGGGUCAUUUGAUCCUUCCUGCCUGAUGCCCACCUGCCCAGAUUACUGGACCUACUCGGGGUCCCUGACUACUCCACCACUCUCUGAAUCUGUCACCUGGAUCAUUAAGAAGCAGCCUGUAGAGGUUGAUCAUGAUCAGCUUGAGCAAUUUCGGACCCUGCUUUUCACUUCUGAGGGGGAGAAAGAGAAAAGAAUGGUGGACAACUUCCGCCCCCUUCAGCCCCUGAUGAAUCGCACUGUUCGCUCAUCCUUCCGUCAUGAUUAUGUGCUGAAUAUACAAGCAAAACCCAAGCCAUCGACCAGCCAAGCGACUCCUUAAGACGAUUGUAUUUUGGCAGUAUUUUGCUUUAAAACAUACUAGCUUUUAAAAAAUUAACUAGACUAUUCUAAACACUUGCAUUUAACAAUAAUUAUAGAUGUGCAUUUUUGGUAUGGCAGUGUUCCUUCAGUCUUGGAGGAAAGCUCUUUGGUAAACAAAUUCUUACUUUUAUUGAUAAUAACGUUUGUCACUGAAGUACCAGCAAGAGAUGUAAGUUUCUCUUCUAGCAACCUGUUGGUAAUUGUAAUGUCUUUUUAUGUCUGACAUUUUUGGGCUGUCUUUUUAUGUUUAUCAAUUAGUGGUUCUACAGAGUUAUAAAUAGGGAUGAUAACCAAAAUAGUUAACAACUAGUAAGGCACAGACAUUGACCAUCCAGAAUGCAGGCCUUUCAGAAACAGCCUCAGGGCCCAAACUGGUACUUCCUGACCAAACAUUGGCCGUGGUUUUAGGUAUAUUUUAUUUCAAAACAUGAAUGUGUAUUCUUUUAUAAGGCCUUGGCAUUGAAUAUGUUGGCCCUGAUCUUUAGUUGUCAUUACUAGUACAAGAUAUGCUUGCUUACUUACUAUCAAUUUAUGAUAUAUGAAAAUAUUUUUUAAUCCUAAGAAAGCAAGUACUUACUAAUAUCUAGAAAUCCUUCUGCAUUUCUGAAGAUCAGAGAUUUUACUUAAAGUCUGGAUCAUACAGAAAGCAUAUGCAGAACAUGUUAAAGAAAAUGCUUGAAGUGCCUAGCACUUAAAAUUCUUUCAUGAUUUAUUUACAUAAAUAUUUUUCAAAAGACUAGCAAUAUAAUAGUCUAUAGUUUAUAGGAUUAUUUUGCGUUGUUUAUACACUUUUAUAGACUAUGAUGAUAAUAUUUUUUCCACAAUGACAGAACUCACUUGGCUUUUCUUUAAACCUGUCUGAACUUUAUUUCAUUAGUUGAGAUUCUACGCGAGGCAGGUGAUCAACAUAAAUCUCCCAAUUUAUACAGUGCUUUAGAAGAUGCUUGCUACAGUAAUAGAGAAACUUAUCAGAUAAGCUAAAAUCUAGAUAAUUCUACAUAUUCUGAGGGAUCCAUGCCUCUGUUACCCUUGCUUAUAAAUAUCUUGGAAUGUCUCUAAUUGCCUAUAAGCCUGUGUUCAGACUCAAUAUUGCGUUAAUAACUAGUAGUGUUUCUUUCAUUAACAUGUUAGUCAUCUGGCCUGCAAGGUAGGGCUGAAUGAACAUAUUUAAGACUACUGAACUGUCCACUGAAAAAGGUUAAGAGGAAAUUUUAUGUUAUGCAUAUUUUAUAAUUAAAAAUAAAUAAUACAGUAGAAAAAAAGGUAGGGUUGGAGUUGUAUGUGUAAGUUUGGGAGAUUAUCUCUGCUCCAAAAAAAGAGGGGGUGAAGGCAUUUGCUUCUAGAUUGCAGGCCUUUUCUGGGAAAGGGAAGCAUGUAUGCCCUAGGGAAUAAAUAAAAUUCUUAAAAAGAUAAAUGUGGGGGGAAAAAGUUUACGUUAACUUAGAAGAAUUGAUUGGUUUCAAACCAUGGUUAUCUUUAAAGGGGUAAACAGGGGCCAGAACGGUGGCACAGCGGUUAAGUGCGCACGUUCUGCUUCGGCGGCCCGGGGUUUGUUGGUUCAGAUCCCAGGUGCGGAUAUGGCACUGCUUGGCAAGCCAUGCUGUGGCAAGCAUCCCACAUAUGAA